AUGCAUAAAAGAAUACAAACGCUUCUCUUCUUCUUACUAAUUGUAACUACUGAUGUGGCUUUGGGGAACUUGAAUAAAACAAAAUUAAGCAAAGGCACCCAUAAGAAACAUAGUUCUUUAAAAGAAAAACUUGAUAAUGAACGUAUUAAAAGAUCGCUAAAUGACGACGAUGAACAACCUUUUUGGCCCAAUAGAGGAAAAAGACAAGUAGAUGAUGAUCCACCUGACAAUUACAAACUCAAAAACGGAUUAGAAUACAAUCAAAGAAUACUAAAAUCAAGUGAAAAGCUAGUCCAAGAUCUACCAUUUUGGGGAAACAGGGGUAAGCGUGAUGGUUCAGAAAAUUUAUAUGAUUAUGAAUAUCCAGAGUUUUUAAUGAAAAACUGCGAACAUUGUAUUGAUAUUCCUUCAAAUACUGACAAUUUAAAAAAUAUAAAAGAUAGAAGGGACGAUUUUAUUUCUCCUUUUUGGGCUAAUCGUGGUAGACGUAGUUCAUUCGAGGCUGAAGAUUUAUCUGAGCCAUUUUGGGGAAACCGAGGCAGAAGACAAGAAAAAGAACCCUUUUUAGGUAAUCGUGGUCAUAGAACAUCAGAAAAUGAGCCGUUUUGGGGAAAUAGAGGUAAACGAGAAGAUGAACCAUUCUGGGGUAACCGUGGACGACGAGGCGAGGACAUAGAUCCGUUUUGGGGUAACCGUGGCCGAAGACAAGACUCUCAGCCAUUCUGGGGAAACAGAGGUAGAAGACAGGAAAAUGAACCUUUUUGGGGCAACCGUGGUAGACGAGAAGAAGAACCAUUUUGGGGCAACCGUGGUAGACGAAAAGUUUCGGAGCAAAAUGUACUUCAAAACAAAAAGGAAGGUUUAAAAGACUAUAUUCUAAGUGCUAUUAGCGAUGUUGAAAAUGAUAUAGAAAAUCUUUCUAGACUAAAAAAGGCUGGGAAUCCAAGUUCUUUUUGGAGUAAUAGGGGAAGGGAUAAUAAGUUUUCGCUUAUGUUUAACGGACGACCAAGAACGAGGUCUUUACUAUCUCAACCAGAAAGAGCUUUCCAAGCAAAAUCUUCUGAACCAAGAACUGUUUUGGACAACCGAAUGUACGUUGAGGAACCAAAUUAUAUUCUAGUAGAGAGAAGUAGUCGGUCUUCUGGCGAAGAUGAUCCUUAUUACAUAUCAAGAGGUAAAAAGUAUUAUUUAAAUUCCAGUUUCCAGCAGGCCGCUCGGGACAGGCGGGGCGCUAUGGAAGAGAUUGUGAAAUCAGUGCGUAAUGACCCGUAUUAUAUAGCAAGAGGAAAAAAGGACACUGGCGUAAAAAAUGGUCGCUCGGCGGAACUUAAAGAAGAAUACAAGAAAGCUAAAGACUUAAUUUGUGCUGCUAUUAAUUUGGUAACAAUAAAAAAAGACAACGGAAAAGUUAAAAGAGAAAUCGGCGAUAAUGAUAGAGACAGGCGAAUUAUUUUAAAGAAAUUAGCUGCGCAGUUACAAAUGGAUCCAUAUUUUGUUAGCCGGGGUAAGAAAAGUGAUGUACCAGGUGAUAAGGAUAAUCUUCAAGAAUUUAUCAGUAAUAUAGCUUCAAAAUGUGAUUAA